AUGGGCGGAGAAUCUGAGCGAAGAUCUGGAGAGCACGGUCCUGGUGUUGCUCUGAAGGACAUCAGCGACCAGCUCCAACCCAAAAGUGAGGAUGAGGGACCUUAUGAGGAGCCAAGAUACUCCAAGACCGAUGACAAGAGGCCGAAACAUGAUCACCCAGCAGACUCCACCAUGUCUGACGUCGUUGAGACCAUGAAAACAUCGAAUCAUCACCCGAAACAAAACCCUGGAAUGAUUGGGCGUAUCACCCAGUCCUUGAACCCAUUUGGUUCUCCAGAGUCUUCUACAAUUACUGAGAAGGUAAAUGAGAAGAAGCCCAGCCAUAAAUCAGAAACCUCAAGAGAAAAGAAACUUCAAAAGGAAGUGACUCAAUUACAAACUGAGAAAGCCUCUCUGAGCACAAGUCUUAACGAUUUGGCAAUCGAGUUUAAUUUACAAACCAAGGAUCUUGAUAACAAAAAUCGUCUCAUCAAGCGAUGGGCGGAUUGGGAAGAAAGAUCCAAUGAACUCUUGCGCGGACGAGGAGAGGAAAUCAGGAAAGCGAAAGCUGCUUAUGAUCGCCUGGCAGAUGAUUAUCGGAAACUCAAACGGACAAAGCAAGACCUUGAGUCUGAGCUUAAGGAGGAAAGAGAUGUGAACAAGGCUCUGAGCCAAGAUAUCAAGAACCAAGAGGACGUUGUAACGGAGGCGCACUCGAGGGCUAUAUCACUACUGGCAGGUCAUGUUUCCAGCGACUUUCCAGAUGAUCAGGUUCGAACCGAACUGCAGGAUCUGUUCGAGAAGUGCUCUGAGUGGUGUAUGGACAAUCGCUUGCCACGCAUCGAAAACGUCGAAGAGACGCGAAAUCUUCUGCUCAGUGAAGGUAUCAUCAAUGACCUAGAUUGCGCGGAGCAUCUACGAUUCGACAUGACGCACAGAACAGCCACAGCAAUAUUGCUACAGGCUGCACUAACAAAGAGACUCGUGCAGACCUUUCUCGGAGAUCCAUUCUUUCUAUGCCAACACUGCAUGUUUAAAACAGCCCUGCAAGGAGGCGUCAGCGUAGAAGCCACAGUGACGUGGAGAAUCCAGACUUGCCAAUAUCUCGAGCAAGCAUUUCCCCCGCACAAGCAAGCACUACAAACAUGUGCCGAGAUCUUCGCAAGGACCUACGAACCCCUCAUGGAGCCCCUCGACAGAGAAAGCCUCACGCAGCUGACCAAGCUUUUCGAGACCACAUGCAGCCUUGCGCUGAGACUCUGGAAGCUAAGAACCAAUAUCAGAAUCGAAGCGCUAGGUGAUGCCACCCUCCAUCGGUUCCAGAGCAUGUUUGGGGACAUGGAGGCGCAUCCAACAGUCGGUCUUCUGAAAGGUGAUAAGCGGCUCGACGGUCGCCCGAUUUGUGUGGUAGUGCGCCCACGCAUCGUGUCGGAGCCAGUAGAAUCUGAGAAUCGCGGGAGAGGGAUUGUCUGGUCGCCUGCGCAGCAGUGUAUCACAUGCACUGAGAACCCUUCUUCUCUGCCAGACGCUCCGUCGGUGGGGACAGACACCUCGGUGAGCGAUGAGUCCGAAAGCCCUCCGCAAGUAUUAUUGAUUGCUGUGAUGGGAGUAACUGGCUCAGGAAAGAGUAAUUUCCUUCGGCUCUUGACUGGGAGAGACGAUGAAGAUGGGCCGCAAGUCGGGCAUUCACUUGGAUCUUGCACACAGAAGACUGAAGCCUACGAAUGUCUCAUUCGAGGCCAGCAAUUUGUCUUUUUCGACACGCCCGGCUUUGACGACACGUACCGGGGAGAUGCCGACAUUCUUGCUGAUAUCGCUCAAGCUCUCAGCUCCUCGUACAUGAACAAUGUCAAGCUCAGUGGAAUCAUUUACCUGCACCGCAUCAAAGAUGAGAGGAUGACCAACGCCAUCAUGCGAAACCUCACCAUGUUCCGCAAUCUUUGUGGUGAUGGUGCUUUUGAGAAUGUCAUCCUUGCAACUACCUUUUGGGAUGAGCUGCAAGAUGAGUCAAAGGGAACAGCUAGAGAGCAUGAACUUAUCUCAACUCCUGAGUGGUGGGGAUAUAUGAGCAACAAGGGCUCGAGAAUUCGACGAUUCCAGAACACUAGAGAGUCGGCUCUUGAAAUCGUUAAUGAGCUAGUUGAUCUCCCAGCAGUCACUCUACAAAUCCAAGAGGAGAUUGUAGAGCAAGGCCUUGGAGUCGACCAAACAACAGCAGGCGAAGCUCUCAACGAGGAACUUAACAAGCUACGAGAAGAGCACCAAGCCAAGCUCAACACUAUCCGCGAAGAGAAAGAACAAGCCAUCAAAGACCGCGACGUCCAACUCGAGAAAAUGCUCGACAAGCUUGAGCAAGAAAAGCAGCAAUUCAUGCGCCGUCUCGAAAGCGAGCAAGCAGCUCUCCACGCCGAUCGCCGCGAACAGCAACGCCGCAUGGAACAAGCCUUCAAUGACCAACUCGUCCGUCUAGAGCGCGAACGCAAGGCAAGAGAAGCCAAGAUCCAAGACCUGGAAACCCGACUAAGUACCGAGCGCGCAGAUGCCAACGAGCGAUUUCAAGCUGCUAUGGCAGAAUCGAACCGCAUGGUCAGCGCGCUAAAGCUAAAGAUGGAGCAAGCGCGCACAGAGGAUAGAGAGGAGUAUGAUGAGACUAUUAGGAAGAUUGAGGAGAGGCAGAGGGGUGCUGUGGAUGAGGCGGGGAGGUGGAGGGGGGAGGUUGAGAGGCUGAAUCAGCAGAUUAGGGAUGCGAGUACGGCGCAGGCUGUGGCGCAUGGGUUGGAGAAGAGGAGGAUGGAGGCGAGGAUUAGGGAGUUGGAGCAGACGAGGAACACGAGUAAUACGAAUUUCUGGGACGUGGUUGGGAAUAUUUCGAAUGUUGCGACGGGUAUUUUGUUAAAUAUGCUUUAA